UCGGGGCGUCGCCCUCCGCGCGGACGCCCUGCACGCCGGCCGCCAGGCUGACGGGCGCAGCUCGACCCUGACGCCGGAGGCCCUGGACUUCUUCCGCAACCUCGAGGAUGCGUCGUCGAGGAGACCCGUGAUCAUGCCGCCGGGAGACUUCCGUCGGGCACUGCAGGAGUUGAGGCACACCAAUGGUGGCGCCAGCCUCCUGUCCGUGAACUCGAGCCAGGACCUCGCGGGCAGCGGCGAGUUCCAGCCCUCCGAGGAGUUCCAGAGGGCCGGCGAGGGGCAGGGCGAGGUCUCCGAGCUGCCCUGGGGUGUCGGCACGCCCCGCACCGGCGACUCGUGGCCUGUCCACGAGUACCUCGACCGAGGAUUGCCGAUGAGGAUCCACGUUUGUGCGCGUUUCUGGCCCUUCUUCGGCCUCUAGCGGCCUCGGGAGGCCUCCGAGGGCCUCAGGAAGCGGCUGCGGACGCCGGGACACCUCCAGGGACUUCCAGAGGCCCUCAGAGACCUCCAGGUACUCGGCCAUGCACAUGCUCGACGUCCCCCACUGGGUCGAGUACAGCCUGGAGACUGGGGAUAACAUCCAGACCUUCAGCAGCGCGUGGCAGGACGUGAAGCUCAUCACUCAGGUGCUCGAGAACGUCACCAACGGCUUCUACCUGGACACCCACGGCGGGGAUGGCGAGACGAACAGCUACACGCUUCUGCUCGAGCUCACUGGCUGGCGCGGCCUCAUACUCGAGCCCCAAAUCUACGAAUUCGCAACGUUGUGGGGCAAACUCCGGAAAGCGUGGAUAUUCCUCGGGUGUUUGUCUCCGACCGGGAACGCCACAAAGAUCGGCUUCGACACCGAGGGCGUAAUCGACAUGGAGAGCGGUCAUUUCAUCCACGCCUACAACAUUCCUACCUUCAUGGAGGAGCUGGGCGGCCGUAAGACCAUCGACUUCUGGGCCGUACACAAUGGCCACUAUGAAGCAGAGGUCCUGAAUGAGACCUUCUUCUACUCGGGGAAGAAUAUCGAGUUCGGGGUCGUCUUGGUCCGCUUCGAUGGCCGUCGCACCGGUCGUGGCUAUCAGUUCUUCGCUCAGCACAGGUCCAAAGACGCCACCGAAGAGCUCAUCUUUGAGAUCAUGCACAACGCGUCCUUCAAUUACAUCGGUGGCCUGGACGCGUACUGGAUCAACUACGUCGAGCCGCGCUUUCACUACAUGGACCACGUGUGGGUGAACCCUGCGUACUUCGAGCGGCGUGGCCUUCCGGUGCCCACGUGGUGCAAGUCGGCGCCCCCGCCCAAGCUGGAGUACCCCCGCCAGGGCCACCUGAAUGUCCCCGGGCUGGACCAGCUGGAGAAGUGGGAGGGCUCUGGCUCUAGCCCUGGGCCGCACGUGUAUGGACAUGCCACCAGCCUGAAGGCCGGGGUCAUCCCGUUCAAGUAUGGGCUCCCGGGCACCCCCUACGGGCACGGGGAGUGGUACGGAGGCGGCGGCGGGGGGCAGUGGGACCCCCGCUGGGACUGGGACGCGGGCUACACCUACCACGAGGAGGUCGACAAGGUGAGGGCGUACAUGGCGAAGGCGAGGCAGGACGCCGCGGCGACGGAGUCGGCGGCCAAGGCGCACCGCGUGGCGCCCACGCGGCUGUCGUCCGUGCGGCACUGAGCUCGCCUCCCCGCGGCGGCCUGCCUGCGCUCCUCGAGGGCCUUCUCUCCGGCGGGCCUCGGCGCGGCGUGCCGGGCCUCGCGGGCCGUGCCGCUCGGCCCGGAGGAGCGGGUAUACUACAUGUUCGGGUCGGACGCGCGUCUCCCAGGAGGACAUAGUAUUAGUAUGUCUUUGUGCGUUCCAUGCUCUUCCUGCGCUUCCUCGAGGCAGAUACCGCGCAGCAGGUGCGCUCGGCACCAUCGCCGUCAGAAAUGGCGGCCCCUCCUCUUCCUCCUCACGCUCUAGAUACCGCGCAGCCAGUUGGCGCGGCACCAUCGCCGUCAGAAGUUGCGGCCCUUCUUGUUCCUCCUCCCAUGCUGGAAGUACGAGCAUGGCAGUCAGA